AUGAGUACUGCAGCCGAUCUGCCAGAUGCUGGCCCCGGAUUGCGACAACGGCAAUCUGGGGUAAACUCUACUGCCCAGCAAGACGUACAACCAGAACAAACUCAUGUUCGUGAGCCAUCAGAUUCAACAAACCCCUCUGAAAAGAUGAGUAAGACUUAUGGUCGAACACCCGACGGCACAGUCUUUAUUGUACCCACAACCCAUGAUAUGGUUUCGCAGCUUUUGGACCCUCGACAACCCAAGAACCUUUCUGAUGCAAUUGUCUUAACAAUUCUCGGUCUUCACAUUCUAGCUGCUUAUUUCUUACCGUCGGGUUCAAAGCGCAUCGUUUUCGCUGCUGUUUUUCUGUUCUGGCGAGCUUGUUACAACAUUGGCAUUGGUGUACUCCUCCAGAUUCAGUCAAACCAUCGUCGUCUUGUCACCUGGGCUAAACGCUGGAAGCUCUUUGAGGAUCCGUCAACUGGCAAGAACCCGCGACCAUGGCUCUACAAGCUUUUAAAGACCGAGCUGGAGACAAAAAUCCCAGAAGACUAUGAAUUCGAGAAGGCUCCCAUCGAGUACAAUACUUGGUUGGUCUUCCGAAGGGUUGUUGAUUUGAUCCUCAUGUGUGAUUUCGUGUCCUACUGCCUGUUCGCCAUUGUCUGUGGUCACACUCCUGAAGGCGAAAACCCUUUGGUUGGUUUUGCCCGGUGGGCCGUUGGCAUCAGUCUAAUCGGCUUCAACCUCUGGGUAAAAUUGGAUGCCCAUCGUGUCGUGAAAGACUUUGCCUGGUAUUGGGGAGACUUCUUCUACCUCAUUGAUCAAGACUUGACCUUCGACGGUGUCUUUGAAAUGGCUCCCCAUCCUAUGUACUCAAUCGGGUAUGCCGGGUACUAUGGUAUCUCCAUGAUGGCAGCCAGCUAUGAGGUCCUCUUCAUCUCGAUCCUCGCACACCUGGCCCAAUUUGCUUUCCUAGUGAUUGUCGAGAAUCCUCACAUCGAGAAGACGUACAAUCCACCUCCUCCACGCAAGCGAACCAUUUCCGGAGGCCAAAGUGAUGCCAUACCCGCCGAUCCCAAAUCACUUGAAGGUACAUUCGACCAACAGACACUCAAACCUUCACAGAAGGAAACACCUGAUCAGGUCCAUAACCUUGUUGGUUUAAGUAACCUCGAUUUGUUCCGGGUGCCUGACUUUGCCGUUAUCGUCAUGCCGUUCUACGUAGCCACCCUUACUCUGGUGACACCAUCAACUCCUGCUUGGCAGGCGGCUUUUGUCGUUCAUGCUUUGGUUUGGCGUGUAUGGUACCACCUUGGGCUGGGCCUUAUCCUCGACCAGCAAUCCAAGAACAAGAUGUGGACCCGCCAUUUCCUCAAGUUUGGCGAGAGUGCCGGUGAGGCAUGGCGCCAGUGGAAGGGCCUGCACCAUAUCAGCAUGAUCAUGUGUAAUACUGCUUUUGUGGCUGCAUGCUGGAAGAUGUAUUCCCCUCCUGAAGACUGGGCCUACGGCUUGGUCAUGCUAAAGCACGUCCUCGGUGCUAGUCUCAUCGCCCUCCAGCUGUGGACCGCUUUCAGUGUUUAUGAUUCCCUUGGAGAGUUUGGAUGGUUCUGUGGUGAUUUCUUCUUUGACCAACAGGCCAAGUUGACUUACAAGUCCAUCUAUCGCUUCCUGAACAACCCGGAUCGUUUCUUUGGUACCGCUGCUGUGUGGGGUGCCGCACUCAUCACAUGGAGCCGAUCGAUCUUCCUCAUGGCAAUCAUUACCCAGAUAUUGACUGUCUUCUACAUCUCUUACAUCGAGCGACCCCAUAUGCAAAAGAUCUAUGGUCGCAGCCUUCGCCAGGAAGCCGGCCUUACCAAGUUCAUCAGGAAAUCAUUGCCUCCUCCUGUCAAGGGCUGGCAAGAGAGUGUUGAUAAGGUUUUGGACGACACAAGCCAAUUUGUCGAGGACUUCCUUGAUACUGCUCGUCCCAAGUUCGCAUCCGGUGUUAAGACCAUCGUGAGAGAUACUUCGGCCCUUUUCAACAUGGCUCCCGCACGACUCACCAUUACAAGAAUUACACCAGACCUAGAAGGCUACGAUCCCAAAUAUUAUUCUCUCUCUGUUGAGGGUACGCAACUAGCCGAUGCUCCCGUUGUUGAGAAGUACACUGGAAAGGAAAGCUUGACAGGUCGAUCCCCUAAGCCGGUUCGUACCAUGGCUUUCGAGUACGGUGCACCUCUUCGUGUUAAAUGGAGGGCUCCAGCGAAUCACAGUAAGAAGGACUGGAUUGGUCUUUACAUGGUCACCGACAAUCGCUCAAGAGAGACCACCGAGGUCUCUUCCCUGGGACGAUGGGCGCCUACAAAUGCUGGUUCUUAUGACUCUUUGACGGCCGAUGUCAGUAUUACGGUUAAUGAACACCCGGUGUCAGCAGACGAGCCGACGGAUAUCGACCUGGUGGAAGGUGAAGUUGUCUUCGAAGGUGAUAAGCUAUGGUGGACGCAAGGUGUUUUCGAGUUCCGAUACCAUCACAACGGACAUCACCAUGCGAUGGCAAUUUCUGAGCCUUUCGAGAUUCGAAUCAGCAAGUUCGAUGAAGAGGAUGUGGAUUUCGGCGCCAAGGGCUUGUACGAGCAAUCUGUCGAGGCGGCUCUUCUUCCUGUUGUUCAGAACUGUCUAGACCGCGACCCAGACAUUGCACCCAACCAGCCUGAGGAACCUUUUGGUGGUCAUGUUGAGCGCGAUACAAAGUAUGCCAGAAGGAUUGUUUAUGCCAUUCGAGAGAUGUUCGGUAUCGAGUUUGCGCCACCUGUUGUUACCGCAGAUGGAAGUGUACGCAAACUUGCAUGGAGAGUUUGCAAUGCUAAGGAAGUUCUGGCUCCCUACAUAACGCAUGUUCACGAUGUGAGUUCGUUGCUGUAUGUUGCGUCCUACAGUGGACUUGUUACGACGUUGAAUCUUUCGCUUGCUGCGUAUCGAGAUUCACCUAUCAAGCUUGAAACGUUGGCGACGACGGAUGGUUGCGCUGGCAGUCCGUCAUGGCUUACGCUUGAUUGGAUGAAUGGGAUACUGUAUUGCACUGAUGAAGGUAUUAAAGACGGAAAGAAUGGGUCGUUUGCAUCUUUUGCGACGAAUGAGAAUGGCACUUUGACACCUCUGGCCAAGCUGUCUACAGCCCUUGGUCCGGUGAGUGCUGUACAAUAUGGAGAGUGGAACUACGGGUUGGCAAUGGCGCAUUACGGCGGUUCGGCAUUCACGACUUGGGAUAUUCGAGACCCGGCCAAUAUCACCUCAGUGCAGGUCCAAGAAUACAACCUUCAGAAGCCUGGACCUGAUCCAUCUAGACAGGAAGCAUCCCAUCCCCACGCUGCAGUUCUCGACCCGACCAAGCGGUUCAUUCUCGUUCCAGAUCUAGGAGAGGAUUUGAUCCACAUCUAUGGAGUUGAUGUCCAGGGCUUGGCGUUGACCAAGUUGGAUCCUUUGGUUGUUGCUCCUGGGAGCGGACCUCGACAUCUGGCCUUUGUAGUAAAAGAGACAAAGACGUUCAUGUAUCUCGUCACUGAAUUGGCCAAUACCGUCGUUGGAUACGAAGUCGUAUAUGGUGGUGGGUUCAUUACAUUUAGGGAAGUAUGGACUAGUGGCAUCCAUGGCAAGGAGAGUGAUACUCCUCAGGGUGCUGCUGCAGCUGAGAUUGCUAUAUCUCCAGAUCGAGAGUAUCUUCUCAUCUCAUCCCGUAAUGAGAACACCCAUGAUAUACCCAGUUUCGACAAUGGUAACACCACAGACAUCAUCUCAGACUCGCUUGUCAGUUUCAGGAUUCACGGUGAGACUGGGCAACUCGCCUUGCAACAAGAUGUUCCAUGUGGAGGCAGGUUUCCUCGUCAUUUCGCCGUCAACAAAGCGGGCACAUUGGUUGCAGUGGCGUUGCAACACGAUGGCCGUGUCGUUAUUCUCGAGAGAGAUGUCAAGACAGGAAUGCUUGGCGAUUUCGUUGCCUACGCAGAGUUGGAAGGUGAGGUCACAGCCGUGAUCUUCUAUGAAUGA